CACGAUGCUCAAUUUAAGGUUAAUGUAAGUCUACAGUAAAACGCCCACUAGAUUAGCUAGCACCUCAGCAGCGCGAUCCCCGCAACCCACCGACGCGUCUUCUCGCGUCACCCAGAUGCCCAAAAUCUUUUACCCUUUCCCGCUCAUUCGUACCACCUGUAUUCACCACCAAUCACCCACCAUGACAGCUGAAGCUCCCCGAAAACGCGGACGGCCCAGGAAGAUCGUCGCGACCACUGCGCCAGAAAUAUCUGUACAAGAAAACGCGCCGACAAAGGCGACGACGACCCGCACGCUUGCUACGAAAGCUACGAAAGCUUCACCGAAGAAGGCUUCGGGUAAGAAUGUGAAGGCGUCGGUGAAGACGUCGGCGAAGAGCGUUGUGAAGGAACAGAUAUUGGAGUCCACGCCAGAGAGUACUGGAGAACCUACUGUUACAAUUGUGCCGGAAUGUAGUCCAGAGAGAACUCCACAAUCUACUGUGGAAUGUUUACCAGAAAUCAUAAAGGAAAGCAUUGCAAAAUCUGCUACAGAAUCUGUUCCAAAACCUACUCCACAACCUACUCCAGAAUCUAUUUCAGAAUUUUCUCCAAACCACAAGUUAGAAUCUACUUCAGACACUCCACCGGAAGCAACUCAAUUCAAAAGAACUACCGAUGACACACAUCUGGAAGUAGAGCUAGCUACGAUCGCAGCUGCAGCACCUACCGUCGAGCCUAAAACGAGCGCAACGAGCAUUGAAUCCCCUACUUCCACCAUCCAACCCCCGACGCAGCAAACCCCCGUGACACCCGCAACGUCCAAGAUUCUGAAAGAGGUCAAUGCAGCACGUGCGACUGCGGCGGAGCUCGCGAAACAGACUGUUCCCCCUCGCCAUACUAUUCCUCCAGUAAGAAUCCCACCGACGUCUGUUGCAUCCGCAUCUGCGACACAUCCUCCUUCGAAAAAAGUCCCUCAGUCUGCAGAACGAAUCAGGGCGUUGGCACCAGCGGAAGCUUCGCGAACGUUGUCGCGAGGUGGUUUGCUCGAGGAAUCGCGGAAGAAGAGUGCUGCAUCUAGUGCGUCUGUGACGGCCACGGCGGGACCAAAUGGGCCUGCGGCAGGGACAAUAGGGGGUGCGCCUGAUGCUGCGAUGCGGUACAAGUCGACGUCGAGGAAGGUAUUGACGAUCAUGGUCGGGCUGCCACUUGUGAUAGUGACGAGCUACGAGUUGUACCAAAGAUUGGUGCUUGGGAAGGACAGGACGCCGCUUCUGGAGGCGGCUGUGAAGCCGAUGCGGGAACCGCUGGCAAAGCUGGAGGAGGAACAAUGAUUCGGAACGAACAUAAAAGUGUGAAUAACGAACAUGACGCAUGUCUUUAAGACAUUUAGUGGAAAUAUGCGACAUGUAUCUUCUCAUGUCGGAUGUUGUACAUAUAUAUACAUAUACAUAGUCAUACAGGGGGCAUGUCUACCAGCUCUCCUUCGCCAAAUAUACACACUUUUCACGACCAAUUCAGGCCUCCGUCCUGACUCCUCCCAAUCCCGAC